AUGGUCGAUGUCGGGGUGCCCGCGAGGUGGCCGCCCGAGAAACAGUACCCGACGAAGCGCGGAAGGCCGCCCAGCAUAAGACAGCUCGUGGCGGACGAGCAGGCCGCGGCACUAGCCAAGAGGGUCCGCACGCACAUCCCGGCGACGUGGAGCGGGGCACCGCUCCUGCGCGGCCCCUCGAAGAUCCCGGUCGUGCCCUCGCCGCCGGUGCAGAAGCCGCAGGCCAGGGCGCAGGCGCGGCAGCAGCAGGCGGCGACGAGGCUGCCGACGCCCGCACCGGUACACACGGCGCGAGCGAGGAAGGGCGUCGCAGGGGCCGUCGCGGCAGGGGGGAGGAACGGCGUGGGGUCGUGCGCCGUCGCCGCGCCUCGCCCGCCAGCCUCGCCCAAGGCGCGAGCGCAGCAGGACGGCAUCACACCGCGGUCGAGCCGGCGGACGAGCUCGGCCCCGCUGCCCGCCUUCACACCACGGAAGCAGGUUGCGUCCCCCCGGAGAGCAUGCGAAGAAAGCGCACGGCGGGAGGGCGUGAUUCCGAGCGUCAAUGACGGACCCACAGCCAGUUCGCUGGGCACUCCAACUGUUGGGGUGCCAUCACCGAAGGCUGAUCAAGGGCCACGGCUUCAACCGCAGCAAGAUGCUCUACCAGGCAAAUCCUGUAUAAGGGAAAUGGCAGGCACUGUCAAUCCCCUUUUCAGCGAAUCUCCAGAUGUUUACCCUGUGACAGAGGACAGGUGGGGUGCUGCAGGUCAAUCGACAAUUUGGCAUAAGGACAUGACGAUUUUGUCCUUGCUUGUGUUGUUCUUUUAA